GUUCAUAUCUCUGUCUGAUAACCAAAACCUUCGUGAGGCUUCGAACUGUGGUGCGACAACCUAGCAUGAGCACAACCGCAUUCCGCAGCCUCUCAUCACGAGCAGGAGGCGAUAUAUAUCCAUCCUUCUCCUAUGGACGCACUGCAGCCUACCGACGGAUAGCGCAACACUUACGGCAAUACAGCGAAGCAUCAUCACGAUGGCGGCAACAUGCUCCAUCACCAAUACAGCAGCAGAAGCAACAAGAAGAGGAGGACCAAGCUCCCGGCGACGAGGGCAGGGAGCAGAAGGAGAAGAAGAAGGAAGAGACAGCUCCACCACCCCACGGCAACAAGACCCCAUGGCAGGUCUUCACCGAGACUUUGAAUGCCGAGUUCAAGGCCAGCAAGGAGUGGGAGGAGAGCACGAAGCAGCUUAGUGGGAGUAUUCACGAUUUCACCCAAAAUCCCAACGUCCAGCGAGCAAGGAGCGCCUACUCGAAGGCUGCUGAGGCAGCGACUACGGUCACCGGUAAGGCAUUUCUAGGCACAGCAGGCAUGAUCGGACGAAGUGCGGCGUGGACGUGGCAAACCCCUGUCGUGAAAGGCUUACGGCACGGCGCUGCGGCAGUGGGCGCCGGUGUGGAGAAGGCUACGCGACCAGUGCGACAGACUGAAGCGUACAAGAGCGUUAAGGACACGAUCGACAACGGUGCGUCGCAACGCUAUGGCGGGUGGACGGAGAAAGAAGAGCGCCGGCGACAGCGGCUUGAGCGUGAAGCCAGGCUAGGCACCGGUCCCAAGCCAGCUGACGAGGUCCACGAUGAGGAUCCCAACGCUGGUACUAACGUCACCCUCCACAAAGACUCCGCGUGGAAAGAGUCCUGGCGCAGCUUCCGUGACAACAACCCACUGAUGCAGCGGUUCUUCGGUCUCGGCUCGAAAUACCGCGAGUCAGAGAACCCGCUGAUCAGCACCGCACGCUCGGUUAGUGACCGAAUUGCGGGCUUCUUCGCCGAGAACGAGACGGCGAUGGUCAUUAAGAAGUUCCGAGAGAUGGAUCCUUCCUUUCAACUGGAGCCGUUUCUGACAGAGAUGCGGACCUACAUUCUUCCCGAAGUACUUGAAGCAUACGUGAAGGGAGACGUAGAGACAUUGAAACUCUGGCUCUCCGCUGCGCAGUUUCAAGUCUACUCGGCAUUGAUGCACCAGUAUACCCAGGCUGGUCUGAAGUCGGACGGCAAGAUUCUCGACAUCCGCAACGUAGACAUCUUGUCUGCAAGGAUGCUGGAGCCGGGUGAGAUCCCGGUGUUCGUGCUCAUGUGCCGGACGCAAGAGGUACACGUCUACCGCAACGCCAAAAGCGGCGAGCUCGCCGCUGGAAUGGAAGACAAAGUGCAGCAGGUCACAUACGCGAUCGGGGUGACCAGGAUACCGGAGGAUGUGGCGAACCCGGAGACUCGAGGCUGGAAGCUCAUUGAGCUCCAAAAGAGCGGGAGAGACUACAUCUGAGCGCCGUUUUCCUGUGGUAUCUGUCCACCUACUGAUCGGUGUCCAUCUGCCCGUCGACGGUGGACUAAAUCUCUUAGCAAUCUUCUGAGCUUCAGCAUGGCGUUUUUCGCGGAUGGCAUCGAGACUAUUCUGCAUAGCGUAGCGUGCGGGGGGUGGAAGGCUCGUGGCGAUUGCACAGCGAGCGGCAUCUGUUUGAGUAUUGGAAGGCA